GUCGGCCCAUGCCUUCUUUGCCUUCCCCUGUUUUUUUACUGCCGGUACAAUUUUUCUUUUUCGAGCCAGAAAAAGACAAUAAGAAAAAAAUCUGAAAAUGAAAAAUCAAAAUUAAGUAAAUAAAAGGGAAGCUCCAGAAUCUGGUUUGUGUGUAGAGACAGAGAGAGAAAGGAGAAGAAAGAAAAAAGAACACCAACAUAUACACACGCAUAUAUAUAAUACGUACAGUCACGGGCCGGGCAUUUUUGUGUAUUGUCAUCGCGUGAUUCUUCGUGUUCGCUCGAUCUCCAUUGUUUUCGAGAAUUUUCUCUGAAGGAGAUUUCAGUUUUUCCAUUUUCCUUUUGGAUACACGCAUUGUGCAGAUCGGUGCUGUAGACCUCCGCCGAUUGCGAUCCAGCUGGAUUUCGGUUCAAGGGUUUUAUGUAAGAUGCGAAUUUGCUUUUGGUGUGUUCGUAAGGUGGGAUCUGACGGGAAAUGCAACGGCAUUGAUAGGUUUCAUUUAAUGGAUGAUGGAAUAGAGUUGCUCGAUGAAACAAGAGAGAGAAAGUCAGACUACGAAAACUCUGAAGACGAGAGAAGGAGAUCAAAAAUCAGGUCGCUGAAGAAGAAGGCCAUAAAUGCUUCAAACAAGUUCACUCAUUCUCUCAAGAAAAGGGGAAAAAGGAAAGUUGAUUUUAGGGUUCCUACGAUUUCAAUUGAGGACUUUCGUGACCCGAGAGAGGAGAGUGCGGUCUGUGAACUACGCCAAAAAUUACUUGACAGGAAUUUGUUGCCAGUUCGGCAUGAUGACUACCAUACUUUGCUGCGGUUCCUGAGAGCUAGAGAUUUCGACAUCAGCAAGACCCUCCAGAUGUGGGAAGAAAUGCUUAGCUGGAGGAGGGAUUUUGGAGCAGACACUAUCUUGGAGGACUUUGAAUUUGAGGAGCUGGAAGAAGUCUUGCACUAUUACCCCCAAGGAUAUCAUGGAGUUGAUAGAGAGGGCAGACCAGUUUACAUCGAAAGGCUUGGAAAAGCUCACCCGAGUAAACUGAUGCGCAUCACUUUAAUAGAAAGAUAUUUGAAAUAUCACGUUCAAGAAUUCGAGAGGGCUAUACACGAGAAUUUCCCAGCAUGUUCCAUUGCUGCUAAGAGACGGAUAUGCUCCACAACCACAAUUUUGGAUGUACAAGGCCUGGGGGUUAAAAAUUUCACAGCAACUGCCGCAAGUCUAUUGUCAGCCAUGGCGAAGAUUGACAGUAAUUACUACCCCGAGACACUCCAUCGCAUGUUCAUUGUCAAUGCUGGAACUGGCUUUAAGAAGGUGCUUUGGCCUGCUGCACAGAAAUUUCUGGAUCAAAAAACUAUCGCGAAAAUUCAUCUCGUCUAUAGCUUGGAAACAACUUUCGAAGGCCGAGUUGCCAAAAUAUGCAGCGAUCAGCAGAAAAUCGAUUCUUAUUUUAAAAUUCAGGCCCUAAAGGUGGCCAGAUGUGGUGAUACAUCCUUAGCCAAAUCAGGAUCAGAUGCUGAAGAAGCACGGAUAUCAGAUCCCUGUAUUUACUUUGGCUGCAAUGAUAAUUUCGGUCCAGCCGAUAAAGAUAGUGAUAAUGACCUAGAAUUGGAAGAUCGGUCUUCACACGACCAUGGAAGAUCAAGUUUCGAAGGUGCACUCGUGAAGAGAGGUUUUCGGUAUAUAACAAGAACACUAAUAUUAAUCAUGAUCAAGCUUUUCGAUUUUAUCCAAAACGCAUGUUUUGGAUAUUGGAGGACACAAACCAACAUUUAUCCAGAAAAUUUACCACAACCAAACAGUAAUUUACCUUUCGGCACAGAGGCCAUAGCUCCCUGCAUAGAACGUCUCCAUAGAUUGGACAAUUUGUUAAAUGAACUCGUGAGAAAGCCUGUCCAAAUCCCAGUGGAGAAGGAGCAGUUGCUUCAUAAAUCGCUCGACAGGAUAAAAUUAGUCGAGUCUGACCUCGAGAAGACAAAAAGGGCAUUGAAUUCGACUGUAACGAAGCAGCACGAGAUAACCGAGUUACUGGAAAAUCUGCGAGAGUCAAAGUUUCACCGUCGAAGGCUGUUCUGUUGAGUUGUGUGGAUAGUAAAGAACAAAAUACUCGUCAAACGAAUGCUCGGAUGGGAAAAUGUUUGAUGGAGGUGAAGAACAAAAAGGGAAAGUGCAUUUAUAUAUAUAAUACAUAUCUAAUCACUUUCUCUGCACCCCAAUUUUCCUGUCAAAUGAAAACGAACGCGUUUCACUUCUUCUCACUUGUCACUUUCUCAAGGACAGCAAAUAGUCAUAACUUUAACUCGUGAGUAUUAUACAUUAUACCGGUGAAAAUGUAAAUGAAUUGCUGAGGUUUUAGUAUAGGUUAAAUCUGCUUCUCGGUUUUCACUCGGGAUGGGAAAAAGCGAAAGGUUAUAGAAGAUUCUGAAACUGAGAGUGAUUUCCCUACACAAGGUUAAACUUGAAUUUGAUCUCUCUCUCCAUAUUUUUUUAAAGUAAAUCUUUCACUGAGAUGGUCUUGGCGUUAUUAACGCUUUUGUUGAUGGGUCUCAAAGUCGUACUUGCUUCUUACAGGAAUCACAAAAGUCGCUUUGUUGAUGGGUUAAUUAUAAAAACCAACUUUCUAAGGUUUUUGUAAUUGCUUAUAUUAUGGAUCUCAGUUCAUUUUUGAAUAUGAAACUUACGAGUUGAUAAAAUAUUAUUUUAGUAGUAGUAUUUAGAAAGAUA